CAGAAGUAGACAGAGAGCAGAGAAGAGCAGAAGGAGCUGGGUGGCAGGAGGGAGGCAGGAGGGCUGUUGUUGAUUGAACAAAGCCAGGGAAGGAGCGCGCAGUCCUGGGGAGAAGAGCAGCUGUGAAAUGCCUAGAAGGGAACCUGCCAGUUACUCCUGCAGAGACCCGAAGGUGUCCUUCAGCUGAGGAUGGCAGGAGAUUCUCGAAUCCUCAUGGACCACAACAUGGAGAUAGGAGUAACACCUGCACAGGUGAAGAAACUCCCGAAACAUCUGCGGGAGCCUCAGAUCUCAACCGAGCGAACCCAACUGAUUUCAGAACCUGUAAAGAAGCCACGUCAGCGCUAUGUGCAGAAGGAUGGCAAGUGCAACGUUCACCACGGAAAUGUGCAAGAGACUUAUCGUUACCUCAGUGACUUAUUUACUACCCUGGUGGAUCUACGGUGGCGCUUUAGUCUAUUAAUUUUCACCUUGGUUUAUGUAGUCAACUGGCUUUUCUUCGGGUUUCUCUGGUGGCUGAUCGCACUCAUCCGUGGAGAUCUGGUGCAUGGCGACGAGGAGGGCUGGACCCCUUGUGUAGAAAACCUCAACAGUUUUGUCUCAGCUUUCCUCUUCUCUAUUGAGACAGAGACCACCAUCGGCUAUGGCUAUCGCGUCAUUACAGAGAGAUGCCCCGAAGGCAUUGUACUGCUUUUGGUACAAGCCAUCUUGGGAUCCAUUGUUAACGCAAUAAUGGUGGGGUGCAUGUUUGUGAAGAUUUCUCAGCCAAAGAACCGCGCCGAGACCCUCAUGUUCUCGAACAAUGCUGUCAUAUCGGUGCGGGACAACAAGAUGUGCCUGAUGUUUCGAGUGGGGGACUUGAGGAACUCUCACAUCGUUGAGGCGUCAAUCAGAGCGAAGCUCAUCCGCUCGCAGCAGACCAAAGAGGGGGAGUUCAUCCCACUCAACCAGACUGAUAUAAACAUUGGUUUUGACACAGGGGAUGACCGACUGUUCCUGGUGUCACCGCUCAUCAUCUCUCAUGAAAUCAAUGAAAAGAGCCCCUUCUGGGAAAUGUCCAUGGCGCAAAUGGAGAAAGAAGAGUUCGAGAUUGUUGUUAUCCUUGAGGGCAUGGUUGAAGCCACAGGUAUGACGUGUCAGGCUCGGAGUUCAUACCUGGACACUGAGGUGCUGUGGGGCUACCGCUUCACACCUGUGUUAUCCCUGGAGAAGGGCUUCUACGAAGUGGACUACAACAACUUCCAUGACGUCUACGAGACCAACACGCCCCUCUGCAGCGCCAAGGAGCUAGCCACAAAGCUUCGGGAUGAGCCACUUUUGCCUCAGCUCCCGCUUCUAAGCCCCAAACCCACCACGCCAACUUUUGACCCCCUGGACUGCCUGUCAGAGUUGCAUCCACUAAGUCAGGACGAAAAGAUGGAGGAAAGGGAUUCAUGCGACAAGGGAGAGAACAAUGGCUCAGCUGCUGCUCUCAAGGAGCCUCCACUCGUUGAUGGACUGCCUGACUGAAGGGCUACAUCAGCCAAAAAAAACCCCAGCAAAGACUGGAACAGACAAUGCUUCUUUUAAUCAAUGGCCAUUUAUUUACAUGCAGUUAUUGGAGACAGAAUUGUUCUGUCUCCUGACUCCAACUCAUGCAAUAUAUCUCCGUAAGAGCAUCAAUCUAUAGUAUAGAUUGGUUUUGUAGACAUGUAUGUUACUCAUACAAAGGCACACAUGUACAAAAAAAACUAUAUCUACUCUUAGAGUUUUGGGGCUUUUUAUAACCACAAUGAUCACCUAACUGCUAUAACACAUCAUUUCAAGUUUCGUUCAAAUAAGCUGAAGCUGGUAGCUCGGAAAGCAUACCGUGAGUUUAUCAUGGCUGCACCAAUAUUCUCAUUUUAUACGCGUCGUAACUCAGCCUUAUUUAAGCUUCCACACACUCCCAUUGAGAAAACUGUCUAAACAGCCACCCAAAUGAGCUGAAAUGUCUGACAGCAGCUUGCAUGUGGUAAUAAAAUCUUGCUUGUAUUUCUUUUGUUUUAAAAAUGCGAGACAUUUCGGUUGCCUGUUUCUGUCAGUAUUGAUAAGACAUCUCUGUGACAUAAGGGUAAAAAUAUAGUUUCUAGUUUGCAAAAGAAGAGCUCGGAAGCUCCGAAAAAAAAACGUUGCGCCUACUGGCAAACAUUGUGCAGUUCUGUUUUCUUUGUUCGACUCUUUUCUCAUCGCUGUGCUGUGCUAAAUGCAGUCACAGUGUGUUUCUGUGUGUGACGUCUUUGAGACACCGGGAGAGCUGACCCAGAAGAGUCUUCAUCGUACCUCAUUUUGGUAUGCAUUUUAAGAGUUUUAAAUUAACUGUAAUAACACGCAAAAGCUGACAAACGCUAUAUAUGCUACUGAAUUGACUCUUUAGUCAACCACUUGGUUGGUUGAGGAUUUUGUUCUAAUUGCCCUCGUACCAGUUGAAUCCCUAAAGCAAAGUCUCCUUUUUUAGCGGAACAAAAGAAGCACAAUUUCCUGUAAGGGGAUUUCACACCGACCCAACCAACCACCAAGCUGCUGCUGCUGCUGCUGCUGCUGCUGCUGCUGGCUGAUGCAUGUCAGUCCUACUUAGAAGUUGCCUAAAAGAAUGUUUCAAAGAGAGAAAUAUUUAUGUCCAGAGUUUUAUACACAUUACAGUAAAUUAAUAUUUCAAAUGUUUCACGUCCAAAUUAAAAUACUCAAUCUACAUUGCUCAUCUUUAUAAAUAAAUCUUUAUAUUUUUCUGUCAUGCAAAAAAAUAAAUAAUAAAGAAAAACUGAAAAAAGUGCCCAAAUAAUGUUAUAACAAAGUGUUCUAACAUGUAAUGAGUUUAUUUCAAUGACAACUCAAUGCUUGCCUUUUUAAUAAUAACCUCCUUUAAAGAUUACUUUUGGUCUUUACCUUGUGACUUGAUUUUUAUCUAUUUUGGUUCAAUGCGCAGUUAGUUUCUGUUGAACAAAUCACUCCUGGCUCUUUGCUUGUUAUUCCACAUCAUGGCGGACAGUUGAUUCCAUGGUUAACAUGGCAGCUACUUUGGUCACAAGUUUGCAUACACUCUACUUACGCAUGAAUGUCCUUUUAAUUAUGGGCUUUAGAUUGUCUGUUUGAACUAUUCUUUUUCCAGAUUCUAUUGAUAAUACAACAUACCAACGACCGUAUUUUUUGGACUAUAAGGCGCACUUAAAAUCCUUACAUUUUCUCAAAAAUUGAUGAUGCACCAUAUAAUC